UUAAUAUUCCAAUAUUUACCACACUUACAAGACAGUUGAAUGUAUCAGUUGUGUGUAAGUGUCGGAACAAAAUGGAAUACAGUAAAAUAAUAUUUAUAUCGCUGUUAGCGAUCUCGGCAACGAAAUGUGAUAAUUGCGUUACUAAUGAUUUCGGUUUAAAUUUUUAUAAUAGUUUUACAAAUGAUAACCCUGUGUGUGCUGGUAUGGCUACGUGGAGCUUGGGAAAUUAUAGUGUUGCUGGUAUAAAUAGCCCCAAUGCAGAAACAGAUUCGUUUAUAACACCUGAUGAGAAUCUGAGUUGUAUAUCAUCAUAUGAUUUCGAAAUGACGGCGGGUGGCAUACUUGAGAUCUACGUUUAUAUGGACUCAAAGUCACAACGGGAUCAGAUUGUUGCGCUUGCUAACGAGGUGUCGAACACUGGGAAGACUAUCGUCACAGGUAGUGAGAUACUGACUCCUCUUAACCCUGCUUACUUUAAUGGAUGGCAUGUUUUGAGAUUACGCUUGUCCAGCAACGGAGUUUUUAGCGGAUACGUGUCAUUUCUCGGAGUAGCAUCAAAAGAGUCUACGGUUAUCAUAGAUUCAUACCGAUACGUCCCACCGCAGUAUGACAACGAUUGUAACGUUUACGAUGGAGAAUUUGUUACCAGUAGUCCUCCUGUCAGACCUGAACCUCCAGAAAGUUGUAUAGCUUACAAUUUUGAAACAAAUUUUGACACACUAUUCAACAGUGAGAUUGGAGUAUGCAGUGGCUUUUCAAAAUGGGACUUAAACUACUAUAUUACUUUGCCCGUGGACCAUCCAAGCGAAGAAAGCUUUCAAUUUAUAGCACCACAGUUUUCUAUAAGCUGCGUUUCCUCAUUUUCAUUUAAUGCCGAAGCUGGUGGUGUUGUGGAAGUUAACGUAUUCAUGGAAUCGCAAUCGGACACCGACCAAGUUGCGGUACUUGUUAAUAAAGUAGCUGAUGAUGAUACUAACGUUGUGAUCGGUAGUACAGUGCUGACGCCUUUGAAUGAGAAUUACGCUGAUGGAUGGCAUGUUUUACGUGUCCCUCUAUCAGGCAGUGGACAAUUUAAUGUCUUUGUAUCAUUCCUUGGUCUGAGAUCUCCAAAAUCCUUUGUUCUAAUUGAUUCAUUCAGAUACAUUUCACCAACAUUCAAUAAAGACGAAUGUCAAAUAUACGAAGAUGAAGUAUUAGAAACAACAACACCAGUUCCCAUCACAACAGUAGCUCCAGUGGGUACAGGCGAAGAAUGUGUCACAUACAAUUUUGAACAAGAUUUUGAUAAUUUGUUUGACACUAACAAUAACUUCUGCAGCGGAUAUUCUACGUGGCAUCUAGGAGAUUAUCAUUCUCUGUCUAUUGAUAGCAUUGAUCCCAACAGUAAUACUUUCAUUGCGCCAAAUGAUACAUCAAGUUGCAUCUCUUCAUUCGUCUUCAGGAUGUUGCCAGGAGGUGUUGUGAGAGUCAACACAUUCAUGAAGUCAGUAUCAAAAUUAGAUUAUGUAAUCGUUUUGGCAAAGAAGAGAGUACCUUCUGGUGAAGACACUGUUACAGGAUUCACUUUAUACUACGCUUCUAACACUCAUUUCGUUGAAGGGUGGAAUGUAUUACAAGUGACUGUAAACGAUUUUACGACAUUUGAUGGCUAUAUAACUCUGCUCGGGUCAACUACAGAAGAUUCGAUAGUUUUGAUUGACUCGUUCAGCUACACUCCACCUAACUCCGAGGACACCUGUGAAAUUUACUGAAGACAAAGUUUCGGCUAAACUAUUAUCUGCCGUCAUAUUGUUGAAAGUAAGGUGGUCUCCACUCUAGAAUACCAAUCUAAGAUUUGAGUUACGAGUAUUACCACAAAUUGGAAAUUAAAUUAAUUACUAGAGAUUGAAAGUAAUAAAUUGGUAUCUAAAAUAAUGUCUUAAAAUAUCUCUCUGUAAGCUAGCCCUAUUGGUGAUCAUGACUGAGCUGGACUCUUUUUAGGUAAUAUAACUGCAUAUGGCGAUGACAACUGAAAAAAUAUCUUAGUUAUGUAUUAAAUGUUUGUACAAAAAUUCUAUAAUAAAAUAUUUAAGCAAUAACGAUUUUACUUUCAACAAAAUGGCGAGAGAUUGGAAGAAGUUAACAAAAUAUAUUUAAUUUGAAAUUAUUUAGCUAACUCGGCAAAUGUCGCCAAGAGAGUCAAUAAAUUUUAUGUCAGCUUAUUACAAAUGUAUGAAACUAGUUUUGUUUCUAACUUUUCCGAGGUGUUUGUUCUUUCUUGAGAUCUCAUUACUCUGAAUUUUUAUUAUUGACAAAAUGCGCCACUUCUUUAGAUCUUUUUGUAAAAAUAAUAUUUCUCCAAUAUCUUUUAAGCUGAUUCCAAGAAACCAUAUAUAAGUACCAUAACAAAACCAAUAUCAUUCAAUAAACAUCAAAAUAAAUAAAUAAAAAUACAUUACUUUACAUUUACAAAAUUUGUUUGCUGCUAUUUCCUUUAGAUUCCUCUAUUCUGCCCCCUAAUCAUCUAGUUUAUUUAUAGCAGUCAAUGUCAUGAAACUGUAAUUAGAUAUUUCGAUUUUUAUCUGUACUGCAAUUAAAUACAUUUAAAAAAUCUUUUACAAGUUGAUAAAUAAGGGUAAUUUGAAAUACUGACAUCUAUACCACACAUUUUUAUGUACCGUAAAUUCAGGUACUUCAUCGAAUAUUUUGUUUAAUGUAGCUGUAUCGAAUUAAAAUUUACCAUCUUUAA